AUGAUUAGGUGUCUAAUUGUGUUAACACUUCUCGUCGGUUACUCGACUUCCCAAUACGCACAACAACAAAGGGGCGGAGUCUCACAACCAGUCCAAAAUGUUCAAGCCGCUCAGCCAGAAGCAAUUGAUCAGAUUCCAGCAUGGUAUCAGAUGUCGAAACCAGUCGCCUCAUCGCGAGUUCAACAACUUCCACAAGCUUCUCCAUCGUACUACGAGCGAAUUGAGCCGACGUACGAGCAACGGAGAGGAGAGCAACCAACUUUCGAGCGACCUGGGAUUCAGACUAAUCAGUAUGCUAAUUACCCAUCCUACCAAAACCGUCAACCAUACGAGAACCUGAACGCGUUGACAUCUGGCGCCUCGCUGAGCAAUCUUCAAGCCAACCGUCGUUACCCAGCAUCGAACGGAGGAGCCGGAGGAAAUGAUGUGAGUAGGUUGCGACACACGGUGCUGCACGCCGCCCACCACACUCCACCGACACCAUCACCGGCGUCCUACACUAGAACACGUCAUCACCAUCCGGGGCGUGUCGUGUGGUACACAUCGAAACGGUCUAGUCCGUAUAAUGUUAUUCGUACCACACUGGCGCCACCACAGUCCCUAUCACAAGAGCUUAGAGGUGUCAAAAAGUUGAUCGCAAUGACACCGUAUGAUCAGACUAGAGAUCAGUUGUCCAAGUGGUAUGAUCAAAUGAGAGCAUUCUAUUAUAUCAAUCAGUUCGUAGAUUGGGGAACUUUCAAGAACAUGUUCCUGAAUUAG